UCCUCCUCCUCUCCCUGGUAUCAUCACUUCCGGUGUACAUACAGAGCGGGGCGGAGAUCAGUGCAUGUAAUAUGAAGUGUCCUCAGCCUCGAGGUGUCAUGGAGCUGUACAGACGAUGUGGAGGGAAAGCAGAACCUUUACUUGAGAUGUUUUGUGACGAUCCUCGCACCAUCAACAAUGACAAGGCCAGACUUCACCUGGACAGGGAGAGCGGCUGCUGGAAGCUGACCCAGACUGGAAGGAGAGACUCCUGUGUGUAUAUUAUAGAAUUUCACAGCAGCCCAACAAGACAACUGUCCUCUACAAACAUCCGUGUUCUGGAUCCAGUUCUCAUCUCCAACAUCACCAGUAAUGGCAGCCGGCAGGGUGAGGACAUGGCGGUGAGCGUCCAGUUCUCUGGAGAAGAGAGCGCUGUGACCUGGGAGGUGGACGGGGAGCCCCUCCCUGAAAGAUACCGGCUGAUAGAUGACAAUAGGACGCUGAUUAUCCCCAGUGUGCAGAGAGACGACGCCGACAGGAGAUUCCGGGUCAGGAUCACCAACCCGGUCAGUGAGGAGAUCCGGGAAUACCGGCCGAUCAAUGAUAUAAUGUCAUCAGAAUGCUGGAAGCAGAAGAUUCUGGUUCAGUUAAUGGAAGAGUCCGGGUUCCUCUUGUUGCUGCAGCACUGCUGGUUGGAUUGGUGAUCUACAUUGUAUAUUCAGAAUUUCAUCAAAAAAAGGGAUGUGAAGAACAAUGGAGUCCCUGAAGAUGUACCACCACACCGAGGACGUAAUGUUCUCCCCAUCUAGAAUGGAGCCGUACCUGA